CAGAAGUUUAUAACGCCAAUACAGCUACAAUUGUUACGAAAAUCGUUUGAUUGACAUUUAAAUCAUACAAGAACCAAACUUCACCGAUCCACUUUCCCUGUCAUUGUCUUACGAGAAGUUACACUGGUUAAUUCAAAGUACAAUCACCAACUUAAAGAUAUAAUAUAAAGAUAGCAUGGCUGAUAGAUAUUCAUUCUCAUUAACCACAUUUUCACCAAGUGGGAAAUUAGUUCAGAUUGAAUAUGCAUUGAAUGCGGUUAAACAAGGUGUUACCACCAUUGGGAUAAAGUCAGCUAAUGGUGUUGUUAUUGCUACUGAACGUAAAGCCAACUCCAAUCUUCUUAAAUCAAACUCACACACCAAAGUUGAAUUAAUUACCCCUGAUAUUGGUAUGUCAUAUUCAGGAAUGGGUCCUGAUUUCCGAGUUCUUGUUGAUAAAGCAAGAAAGAUAGCACAUACCAAUUAUAAAAGAAUCUAUAAUGAAUAUCCACCAGUUAAGAUCAUGGUACAAGAAUUAGCCAUGAUAAUGCAAGAAUCCACCCAAUCGGGUGGUAUUAGACCUUUUGGUGUUUCCUUAUUAGUAGGUGGUUAUGAUCACCAUUCACAGUCUUUUCAAUUAUAUCAAGUUGAUCCAUCAGGAAGUUAUUUCCCAUGGAAAGCAACUGCAAUUGGUAAGACCUCAGUCACUGCAAAAACCUUUUUAGAGAAAAGAUGGAAUGAAAACUUGGAAUUAGAAGAUGCCAUUCAUGUUUCUCUUUUAGCUUUGAAAGAAUCAGUCGAUGGUGAAUUAACGGGGGAAAACUUAGAUAUUGCAGUUGUCAGUGAUCCACAAGAACACUUAUUAGGAUUCAAAGGUACUAGUGUUGAAGGCCCAAGAUAUAAAAAAUUAAGCGUGGAAGAAAUUAACGAUAGAUUAGAUGCCUUGUGAUCAGUCCUGAAAUUAAAAAAAAAGGCUUAAGUCAAACUUUUCUUCUUAUGGCGGUUCCUCGUGCCAGUUUGAAGAUCAUUAGAAAUACCUUAAGUAGUUACAUCAUGUU